CACGUGUUUCAGUUAAAGGUCGUCGCUAAGUGGCGAAAAAUCGAAAGCUUUAAAUUCUUUUGAGUACAAGAUAGCACAGGCCAUGUGGUCCAUAUAAACAAUACUGGAAAUCUUCGACAAAGUGUUCCAAUUUUUACAUGGCUACAAUGGCAGACGUCAAAGGAGAACUUCGAAGGCACACUUUCCGAAGAGUGAAAGAAAACCAGGCCAAUAAACUUCCAAAUAUACCAGAGCGAAAAGGUUCACAGGACGAUCCCGAUGAAGUGGAGUACGAGAGAAUUCGACAGUCGGGAAGAGACCGUUAUAAAGAUCUUUCAAGACCAAAAGAACAAAAAAUAGAAUGGUGGACAAACGUAGGUCCAAAUGUGAUGUGGGGGACACAGGAAAUGAUGUGGCCAGUUUCCAGAAGUAUACCAGAUGCCACUGAUCGAGUUAAAACUUUAGCAUCUCCAAAGAAAAAUUUUCAAACAGGGAAAAGUUCAGGCAGACCACUGUUUUACUACAGCUGUGGACGGUCAUCUAUGGUAUGGGAGCUGAAACCUCUACAGCAACAGGCAAAUGUUAGGGUACAAGAACUUUCUAGAUCUAAAGAACUACAUAGAGAUCACCGAGAAAACAGAGAUAACGUAUACUGGAGAGAUUAUUACAACUAUAUACAACAGCGGGAGUAUUUAUACAGCUGUGGACGUAAUACACCAAUAUGGCUUGUGGGUAAAGGAGCACAACAGGCUGAAGACCGGCCUCGAACACGACAAUUGGCAGAACCUAAACAGCCACCUAAAGAAUAUGAAGGAGCACGACAAAUAGAAACAAUCAUACCAAAAUCUGCCUUGAAAGGUGAACCAAGUGAAAGAACCCAAAGUUUGUCUUUCCCUAAGAAAAGGCCUGAAGGACCAUUUAGAGAUCCUGUAUGGUCGGUUCCUGUCUCUGCAAAAAAUGCAUCUGCAACUGAACGAUGUGCUGAACUAGCUAGAUCAAAAUCAACUCCAGAUUCCUAUCAAAAACCAAAAGAUGAGAUGUGGCCCAUUUCCAAAGCAGCAAGGCGUGCCACUGCAACUCCUCGUGUGGAUGAACUAUCAAAACCUAUAGUUAGAGCGUCUAUGGACCAUGUGCAAUUUAAUCCUGAUGCAUUCUUAGUUAAAGAAACUGCUCUGAAAGGAGUUGUUCCCAAACGAAUUGAAACACUAUCUAGACCAAUAGAUAGAUAGUUUGAAAAAUUAAAUUUGUCACAUUGGAAACAGUAUUAAUUAUUUAUUUAUUAACAUUUUGGAAUUGUUACCAUCACAGUAUUAUUGAUGUUUGUUGAUAAAUAUAAAGUUACAAAUGUUUUCAAAGGUGCUAUCACCCUGUAUCUUUGUUAAUUAUUUGAAAUUCUAUGAAGCAUUUUUAAAAGAAAAGAAAUAACAAUUGAACAAUCGGAAAGCACUAUGAAAAUAUUUCAACCUUUGUAAUUAUUUAGCUGAUUAAAAACCUUUAUAACAUGUUAAGUGUAAAAUAUUACAAUAUUUCCAUACAACCAGUUUUUUUUCGUGAUUUAUUCUGAAUAUACACAUGAAACUGUUUAAAUAUGUUUUCUACUGGAUAAAAGGUGUAAAUUGUAUUUUACAACCUGACUUAUGCUUGUAAAGGAUUUUAAAUUUUUUUUAAGUAAAAGGUACAUAUUUUCUCCAUAACCUGGAGCAUUAAAUCAGUAUUAUCAUGAUUAUUGUAACAUCUGAGGAGACAGAUGAUAGUCAUCUAUUUAAGAUUAAAAUACAGUACUGUUUAAGUAAUAGAUCAUGAACAGAAAGUUUUAAAGUGUAGAACUUUGACCUUAAUAUUUUUUUUAUUUCUUUGAACAUUGUGUGGGUGUGUCUACUACAUGCAUUUUGCUAAAUCUUUUUUUACUCUUUUUACAAUUGAUCUAUCAUCAAGAACUGCCAGAAAUUGUCAUCAUUCUAAUGUUUGAACUUGAAUCUUAUGGCAAGUUGAAAUUGGUUGUGUUUAUAUGCUUCUACUCUGCAACAAGUGGAAUACUUGCUUGUUGUUACAGUAUCAUGAGUUUUAAUUGAAAUAACUUCCUAAUGAAUUGGAGAUACUUUCUACAAAGAACACUGUCAAAAUUCUGUAGUAAGACAAAAAGUACUGUCAACACAAGUAAAACUUCAUACUAAAUAUAGCUUAUACUCAAUAUCCCAGCAAAAUUGAGGGGUUAAUUUUCUGGCAUUCUAAUGUCAAUGUCAAUAUUAUUUAUCAAACUAUCAACAUUGUCAUUUUGUGAAAAAACUUUUGAGGAUGACAAUAUUAUGUUAUAAAAUUUUGAUGAUGUUAAUAUCAUGUAAUAAACUUUUGACAAUGUCAAUAUUUUGUUGUAAAACUAUUGACAUUGUACAUGUUUUGCCAUUCAUUGCCAUUUUAUUCAGGUUCGAAUAUCAUUAAAUGGAUUUUGUCAUGCUGCAAUUUGUUAUUUUCUUUGCACAUGGUUUAGGUUAUGUCUUCUUAACAUCUAUGUUAAUUUUUUUUCUCUUUGUUUUAUUUGUAUGAUGAUUGAAAAUAAAUCUGCUGUUAAGCAA